GACAGUUCUGUCUUAACGAUUCUGGUAUUAAUGAAACAUCGUUGUAAAGGGUUGAAGCGUCUUCCUGAACUUGUAGACACAGAGACUUGCUUGGUGUGCGCAAUAAAAUGAUAAAGCAACGUUGGGCCUACGAAUUGUCAAUUUGUUAAUGAAGCAUGGCUUGUGUUGAACAAGACAGACUGGGUCAAGCCUUUGAAGAUGCUUUUGAGGUGCUGAAGCAGCAUUCAAGUGGAGAUCUUCAGUACUCCCCAGAUUACAAAAAUUACCUGACUUUCAUCAACCACUAUUCUCAUGUCAGAGGAAAUUCCGGCUGUUAUUCCAUGUCACCUCCGGAGGAGUCCGUCUAUAAUUGGAGAGCCGUAAUAAACAGUGCUGCAGAUCUCUAUUUUGAAGGAAAUAUUCAUCAAUCCCUGCAGAACAUCCCAGAAAACCAGCUGACACCACCUGCUGUUCUCCAGUCAAAGGGAGGAAAAGGCAGGAAGAAGCUCCGCCUGUUUGAAUACCUGCACGAAUCCCUGAGCAACCCCGAAAUGGCAUCUUGUAUUCAGUGGAUAGACAAAGCCAAAGGCAUCUUUCAGUUUGUAUCAAAAAACAAAGAAAAACUUGCCCAACUUUGGGGGAAAAGAAAAGGCAACCGGAAGACCAUGACGUACCAGAAAAUGGCCAGAGCACUAAGGAAUUAUGGAAGAACUGGGGAAAUCACCAAAAUCCGGAGAAAGCUGACUUACCAAUUUAGUGAGGCCAUUCUCCAAAGACUCUCUCCAUCUUAUUUUUUGGAAAAGGAGUUCUUCUACUCACCGUAUAUUCAACCUGAUCAAAACUAUCUCAGUUUAAAUACCUGGCAUGCAAAUUAUAAUUCUAUACCUGCCAGUUACCCUGAGCUAAGUCACCCUAUUUGCUAAAUAUACCCUUACGUGUCAUGCUUUCCAGGCAUCAGAAAUCCCUACAAAUUUCAGGAUUUUUCUUCUAAAAGCAUAUCGAGGGGAAAAAAAGUGAUUAACUCAUUGUUCUGUCAGCGAAUAACUUUGAAAUGAUCAAAUCCCAUUUGAAAGUAUAGACUAAAUGUCCUUCUUAUCACUCUCUACACAGUAAUUUCUUCCAGAUUAACAAUGCCAGUAGAGAUGGUUUGAUUUGCAUAUUGAUUAAAACAUUAGUUCCCUGUCCUAUACUUAAACAAAACAAUCUUUCUAACAUAAUUGAUGACUUUAAGCAACAAAGUAAAAGGGAUUACAUAGGAUAGUGUUUACACUAAAAUACAUUCAUGGCUUUAAAAGCUUCUGUGGCUAUCCUGAGUCUAUAUUUUCUCUGUACUUAUGACCUCAUAGUCUGGAGCUAAAGAAAUGAGAUGGUCUAAAGAAAUGCCACAGACCUUAAUAAUAAUACCCAGAGCUCACAUCUCCCACUAAUUAUUUCCUUGGGUUUCUCCCUGGGGUAGAUGCAGAAGCUGGUGUUGCUUGCUAUCCUGUCAUUCAGCCACGGGGAGGCGCUUUUGCGCUUUUCUGGCAUAACUUUCCAGCACCAUCUCUUCGUUCUUCCUUUGAACCAGCCUGCUGAGACCAGGCUGGAAGUGCGAAGGAGAAAAAAAAAUGAUAAAGAACAAGGAAAGGAAAACAGAAAACCAGAGAAAGCCAGGAUUUACAGAGUCUGGCUUAAAGCUAUGGCUUAUUCUGCUCUUUCUGCAAGGAAUCCUAGAAAGAAACCCUUUGUUUCUUCCAACCUGGCAGGCCCAUGCAGAUGGAAUCUGUUAAGAAGCAGAACUUCCUAGCCUACAUGGGCCAUUUUUAGUACAGGCCAAGAGCUCCCUGGAGCCUGCCCUGUCAGAUUUGCUGCGUUCAUCUUUUUGUGUCCUCCUGAUACCAUUCCCCGAAAACUUAAGAAAGGCUUGGGUGGACCCAGAGUGACUAAAUGGAGGCAGACUUGAUAUUAACUCUCUCCACAUGUACCCUGGGUUCUGUUAGAGACAGAAUAUGUCUUCCCAAAGUUCUUACGUUAAAACCGAAUCCUCAAAGGGAUGGUAUUUGGAGGUUUCUUUGAGUAGCCACUAGACUACCAGGGUGAAUCCUUUGUGAAUGGGAUAAGUGCUUUAUAAAAAAUCCGUGAGAGCUUCCUUGCCCCAUUCAACAUGUGAAAACAUAGUAAGAUGACUGAUGAAUCAGAGAGCUCUCACCACAGAAUCUUGGCACAUUGAUCUUGGACUUCUACUGAUGCCAUUUUUCUAACAGCGCAAAUGGCUGGCAUUUUAGAAUUUUCUAAUGGGGGGGAUGUACAUUUUUUUAAGCAAUGCUAUUGCACAUUUAAUGGACUAAGUAUAGUAUAAAUAGAAUGGUUCACAGGGUUUCCUGCUUACUAUAACAGGAUGUGUUGGUGAAAAUAGAAGGCAUGAUUGCUCAAUUGACCCAUGAGCUGGGACCUGGAGUAACUGGAGGCUGCCCAUUCCCCCUUCCCCUGGAAAUGUGUUUUCAAAAGCUCUUUGCUGAAUGUAACCUUAAAUAUGCAUUGUGUUGAGCCCCUGUGGAUUGUAUACUUGACUAAAUACAGUUAAAGUCUGUAAAACUUGGAGAUUUUGUGUGGGUGGUGGGGGUGAGGUAUAGAAAACUACUUGUCUUGCUGCCAAAGCCAAUGCAGCUUAAGUUCCCUUGUUCAUUAAAAUUGCU